UAAUUUUUUUACUUGUUGAAUGUAAAAUAAUGUGUAGGUACUCUUCUUUACUGUAAUAAACAAAACGUAUGAUAAUGAUGUAGCUUUUGAUGCAAGCUUAAAACUAAUUAUUUGUGAAAGGACGCGCUAGGAAGUAGGGCAAAUAAAGGUGUAAAUAAAGUAGAGCCGGUCAUAUAGUAAGUUCUAGAUGUCAAUGCGUACAUCGUUUGUUGAUAAUGAGUGUUUAUGAGUAAUUACUUUAAAUACUAUGGAGAGGCUGUCGCACGAUUUAAAUCUGGCUUUGGAGGAGAGUAAUUGUGGGAGACAGGAGCGGAGAAAGAUCGGCUUGCGACGACGUACCAGGUCCGCUGGAAAUUUGCCUGCUGCAGUUUCAGUAAGCCUUGUGGAAGAUGGUAGUUCAAGUAGCCCACCUCAGGCCCCUCUCAUCACGCAACCGUUGUCGGACUCUGAUGACCCUCAACUUAACAUACACAAAUCAACUAAUCAUAAGUCUCGACACUAUUGCCAGAUAGGAAAUUUUGAGUCAGACUCUUUCAAUGAAAACUUUUCUCCGACACGACCUGCCAAUGCGAGAAGGAAACGAAAGUAUAAAAAAAUGCCAGUUGAAUACAGUGUCGGCAAGCACACACCACCAGUGGAGAUCUUAUCCAUUACUACAGAACCUAAUUCCUUGCCAGUGACGAUCACAAAUCCGACACACAGCGGUUCGCCUUCACUCCACGGCUGUAAACAAAAACAAGAAAGGAGUGCAUUUUGCGGAAAACGGAAAUGGUCCCAUCGAGAUAAAGGCGAAGGUUGUGAGAUGAGAGAGAGAUCGUUCAGCGGCGGAUGUUCCUCGAAGUCUGCUUUCUUUAAAAACGACAUUAAAUCUAGAAAAUACGACACAGAAAAGAAAAGAAGAGAAUCCGUUUUAAAACCGGGAAAAAUUGUACUGAAAUCUCAAAAUACUGAGGAAGCGAAAUCGUCGUUUUCCAAUACACCAUCACUGCCUGGAAGCUCCAGCUUUAAUUUUGUCUAUAAAAAUUUAUCUAAAAAUGGCGUACCUACGCUGUGUAAAUUAACUGGUUACAGAAUAGCGACAGAUUUACCGCCAUUCUUCAAUGCUACCACAAGUACAGGCAAGAGUAAUGUCGAUGGAAAGUAUCAAAGAAAAUAUAAAAUGCUGAAUAAAACACAUCCACCCAAUGUUUUAAGAAAUCCGUUACAGUUUGACGAUUCCAAUAGCGGUAUGGACUGUACAGGCAAUGAAAGUAGUUCUUUGAGUAGUAGUGAUUCUGACGGUGUAGUGACCAAUGACAGCGAUAGGGAAGGUGAUGAUGAACUUACAGAUUGGCCAGGUAUUGAGGAGCUAAAGGUUUUCAAUAAGAGCCUAACUUUCAAAUCAUCUAAAUCUGUAAUUACUAACUGUACGAAGUCAGUGAGCAACAUGCCACCACCAAAAAGAUUGAAGAAGGAAAAAUUGCUAGUUAAAAGUGGAUGGGCCAGCUGUAAGAAUAGGUAUAAAAAGAAAAGAGCUAAAGUCGAUUCGGGCAAUGACGAUGACGCUAUGAUGUCUGAUUCGAAAACCGUAAUCGAUGUUGAAGACGAGGUUUUGAAAGAAAAAGAGAUACUCCCACAUUCGUCAUAUUCGACAUUUAGCGAUAUAAGAAACGCGGGGGUUUCAGGACAGAACGCGGAUGAGUCGUUUUUUCAUUCCUUUCAGAAGUUUCAAGAAAAGUCUGAGAAGAAAGAAGAGUUUAAUCAGACGCCGCGCACAAACUUCACUCUGCAGAAAACAUCGUCUAGUGAUCUGAAUCUAAGUGAAAAAUCUCCUCAAAGUGAUCAUUAUUACAGCGAACAUUCGAUGGGCAACACUGGGGUGUCAGAAAUACGGGAAAUAAGAGCUGGGUGUAGACGAAUACGAGAAGAAAGACCAGGCUUCCUUAUACUAAGUGCAGCAAAUGAGCAGUUGUCAAAAUUUUUGCAAGACUCGUGCCAAACUGAGCUGAAGUUACCUAGUUUCCAAGAUCCUGUUGAAAAAGAAAAAUUGGAGUCAUUAGCGAAGCUAUAUUCACUGGAGCUGCAAGUGGAAAUGGGUCGUCCUAUUUUGAGAAAAACAAGUAAUACAACGCAAGCUAUUCGGGUAGAAAAUUCCUCUUAUCGCAAUUUACCUUCCGAUCACAAACGUAGAUGCUAUGGGGAGGAAGCUGACAGCAGUCUAAGUGAUCCAAAUUCAGUGACCUCGGCAAAUGAUAUCGAUGACACCGUUCCAGAUUCAAAACAAACAGACAUUACCUCCGAAAUAGCAGAAUCAUUUGCAUAUGCCCAAGUUGACAAAUCUUUGUUACAUCCGGGUGAAUUAGAUUGAAGAUAAUUAAUUAUUCACAUAUUUGAGGGUAUUUGAUCCAAAUUUGAUUCAUUCAUUGGACGAGUGACCUUCUGCAAGGGCAUGAAGAUCUAAACAAGAGAAAACCAAAUGGAAUAAAAUUUAAAAGAACUUAAUGAAUGUAGCAAUUACGAAUGUUAAACAUGGAAUAAAAAUAUAUCAAUGCUAUCAUUUAAUUUUUUUUGUAAAACUAUAAAAGGUUACAUACAUUAAAUUGUGUAGUAAUAGUAUUAAAUGAAAUACACAUAACAAUGACACAUUAUUAUUUUAAGACUAUUACUAUAUUUUGGUGUUCUUCUUUUGUAACUGUUGGAUUUGAAAACACUAAUCUUUCUUAACUAAUAUAAAGUUAAUAAUUGAGAAAUAAUUUUUAAAAAGUUACGGUUUUUUAUUAUAAAUGGACUACCACUUUUAAUGUUAAAAAAAAAAAUUAACACCAUAUAUUGUGAUUUAUGAAGGUCUUUAAAUAUUAGGCUGAAUAAUAAAAUGCCAAGUUAUAAAUAUAUUUUAUCAUAAUGUUUCUUAAAUAUUAUAUAAACUGUGUC